ACUUUAUUCUGAUGUUCUCAUAUAUUUAUUUUGGUUUUAGGAUCUGAAAAUGCUUGCGAAAAGACUUCAUUUAUGUUUCUGAGACAAGAGUUGCCUGUGAGAUUGGCAAACAUAAUGAAGGAAAUAAGCCUGCUUCCAGACAACCUCUUAAGAACACCUUCAGUUCAACUGGUGCAGAGCUGGUAUGUCCAAAGUCUUCAGGAGAUCCUUGACUUUAAGGACAAAAGCUCAGAAGAUUCAGGGGCUAUUCAUAGUUUUACAGAUACUGUGAUAAAAAUCCGGAAUCGACACAACGAUGUAAUUCCUACGAUGGCUCAAGGAGUAAUAGAGUACAAGGAAAGCUUUGGCAUUGAUCCAGUGACCUCACAGAAUGUGCAGUAUUUUUUAGACCGUUUCUACAUGAGUCGCAUUUCAAUUAGAAUGCUCCUCAAUCAACACUCUUUACUGUUUGGUGGGAAAAUUAAUCCAGCUCAUCCAAAACACAUUGGAAGCAUUGAUCCUAGCUGCAAUGUUGUUGAAGUUGUUAGAGAUGGCUAUGAAAGUGCUAAGAGACUUUGUGAUUUAUAUUACAUGAGCUCUCCAGAACUCAUCCUUGAAGAGUUGAAUGCUAAAUCACCAGGACAGCCUAUGCAAGUGGUGUAUGUGCCAUCACAUCUCUAUCACAUGGUUUUUGAACUUUUCAAGAAUGCAAUGAGAGCCACCAUGGAACAUAAUGCUGAUGGAUGCAUUUAUCCUCCUAUUCAUGUACACGUCACAUUGGGAAAUGAGGAUUUAACUGUGAAGAUGAGUGAUCGUGGUGGAGGUGUUCCUAUGAGGAAAAUUGACAGACUAUUCAACUACAUGUAUUCAACAGCACCACGUCCACGUGUUGAGACAUCACGAGCUACACCUUUGGCUGGAUUUGGUUAUGGCUUACCCAUAUCACGUCUGUACGCACAGUACUUCCAAGGAGACCUGAAACUGUAUUCCUUAGAAGGCUAUGGUACAGAUGCAGUUAUUUACAUAAAGGCCUUAUCAACAGAAUCAAUUGAAAGACUCCCUGUAUACAACAAAGCAGCCUGGAAACAUUAUAAAGCAAACCAUGAAGCAGAUGAUUGGUGUGUGCCAAGCAGUGAGCCAAAGGACAUGACCACUUUUCGCAGUAUAUAG